UACAUGGGGCCACAAAAAGUCAUUUUGUAUCCAGGUUAAAGAGAGACAACAAAGCACAAUGGAUGUUCAAAACACCACUUCUGGCAACAUUUCACAUACCCAGGCUCCUGCUCACAGCCUUUGGGAGGUCAUAACCAUUGCUACGGUGUCGGCCAUCGUCAGCUUAAUAACUAUCGUUGGAAACGUGUUGGUGUUGCUGUCCUUCAAAGUAAACAGCCAGCUGAAGACUGUGAACAACUACUACCUGCUGAGUCUGGCCUUUGCUGACCUCAUCAUAGGAGUUUUGUCCAUGAACUUAUACACCACAUAUAUACUGAUGGGUUAUUGGUCCUUAGGGAACAUUGCAUGUGAUCUGUGGCUGGCAGUGGAUUACGUGGCCAGCAAUGCUUCAGUUAUGAACUUACUUGUUAUCAGCUUUGACAGAUACUUCUCUAUUACAAGGCCACUGACCUACAGGGCAAAGAGGACUCCUAAGAGAGCUGGCAUCAUGAUUGGGCUGGCUUGGCUGGUGUCUUUUAUCCUUUGGGCACCACCCAUUCUGUGCUGGCAGUACUUUGUGGGAGAGAGAAAAGUGCCUAUGGACCAAUGUCAAAUUCAGUUUUUAACCGAGCCUGUGAUCACAUUUGGGACAGCAAUUGCUGCUUUCUACAUCCCAGUCUCCAUUAUGACUAUCCUCUAUUGCAGGAUUUAUAAGGAGACGCAGAAACGGACAAAAGAUCUUGCAGAAUUGCAAGGGCUGACAGCAGAAAAUGUUUCAGAGGGCAUGAAACCACAGAAGACCAUAAUUCAUUCUUGUUUUCAUUUCCCCAGAGAGAGGAGAGACCAGAGUCAGGCUUCCUGGUCCUCAUCUAAUCAAAGUAAUGUCACCAAAACCACCACCAGGUCAGAUGAAGCAUGGUCCAAAACAGACCAGAUCACUUCCUUUAACAGUUAUACAUCGUCAGAGGAGGAAGAGCCUCAUGUUUCUAUAGAAACCCCACAGGGAUCAUUCAAAGAGCAAGUCAGCGGACAAAGUAAUAAGAACGGGCAGGUGCCCGAUUACACAGAAGACCAGUAUUAUUCCACUCCUCAAAAGAAGAACCACAAAAAGUGCAUUUCUUAUAAGUUCAAACCUGGCUCGAAGGGUAAAAACAGCAAUCCAGCAAGUGCAAUGCCAUGCCCUCUGGAGCCAAAGCAGCCGGCCAAAAACGCCUCCCCCUCUUCCUCCUCCACCACCUCCAAACCCACAGACACAGCCCUGAAAAACCAGAUCACCAAGAGGAAGAGGAUGGUGCUGGUGAAAGAGAAGAAGGCCGCUCAGACUCUCAGCGCCAUCCUCCUGGCCUUCAUCCUCACAUGGACGCCGUACAACAUCAUGGUGCUCAUCUCCACCUUCUGUGGCGAGUGCAUCCCCGUGUCGCUCUGGCACCUGGGCUACUGGCUGUGCUACGUCAACAGCACCAUCAACCCCAUGUGCUACGCUCUCUGCAACAAGACCUUCCAGAAGACCUUCCGCAUGCUUCUGCUCUGCCAGUGGAGGAGGAGGAGGAGGGGCGAGGACAAGCUGUACUGGGGUGGACAAAACCCAAAUAUCAACCAUAAGAUGCCCUAAUGUGGCGGUGAUUUCUUUUUACCCUCGUCGUGGAAUCUGUGGAUAUACAGAAAAGUUUACUGCAGCCAGUGGUCAUCUUGGGCGUGAAGUUCUGCACGUGCUUUCUGUGUUAAAAUACAUGUUGGCUGAAUCAUGAACAGAGCCGGAUGAAAAUAUUUAAACUGCUGUUGCAGAUAUACAAAGGAAAGGAAAGCUCACGCUGCAACAUUCUCAAACCGAUGAAAGUUAAAGUAAAGUUUCAAAAGUCCUAAAAAGGCAUGCAAUUGAUUAUACAUGUCAAAGUGUGCUCAUGGGGUAAACGUUGCAUAGCUGCUAAAUUACAUCUGGAGGUGUGAAAUCCCCCAAAACACUGUAAAACUCUGAAAGACACGUCAGUGAUUGUGUUGAUUGUGCCAGGAGAAAUACCUUUUCAAUGAGAAAAAAGGAUAAAGCUUUGUUUUUUUCCUUGUGUGUGUAAUCCUAUGAUCUCCUUGGGUGCAAUUUUAAAUUUGUAGAGUUUGUUUUUUAAAUUUGAUUUCUUUUACAGUCUUCACAAGCCCACACAAACGUUAAAAUAGUCUCUGUGCCGUAUUCUUCCAGGACUCCAUCCUGACCAUCUCAUUCAUGUUGAUUCAAAUGUAGAAGAUGCAGUAGACAAGACCACUCCUUAUUCUUUGUAAAAUACACAUUUAAGAGAUAAGCCAGGGCUAAUAUGAAGCCCUGAUCUCCACAGACUUCCUGUUGUGCAUAUAUCUGGAUAUACACACUAAAACAUCCAAUAACACAAACACAAUGAGCUGUGGGUGACACAUUCUUUGUCCUACAUGAAACCUCUUCUGUCUGCAGAGAGGGAGCAUCGUCAUAUUGUCAUCAUGUGAGUCACUCACUGUCGUUGUCCAGCAGGAUUUUGUUGGAGGCUGCUGGAUUUAUUGCAGUUUUGGUGUCAAUGAAAAUUAAUUCUACGUGGAAGUUUUUGUAUUAAAUAAUGAGUUGUUUACAUUCGUCACAGUCGACAUUUUCACCCCAUUUUUCUUACUGUGCUGCACUGUUUUGGCGUACUGUUUACUGACCUGCCUUUUCUGUCAGGGCACCAAACUUGACUCCAGUUUGUUAAAUAUUGGAUGGGAAGCAAAUUAGGUCUUCAUUAUUUAACGGCAAAAUGUAAUCAAACAUUUAUUGAUUCAAUUGUUUGAGUAAAAAUGAAAAACAAAAAUCCCAGGCAGUGGUUGUAUAAAAACAAAUAGUCACAGUUGGAUGUUUGUGUGAUGUUUCAUUCUCCUAUCAUUUUAUUUGUAAUUCAGUGCAGUAUAGCUCUGCACUUUUUUUUUUUGCUCUACAUUCUCUGUUCAUCUGGAAGCAUAGACUGGAAUCUUUAGAAACAUAAAUGUGAUGUCAGAGAAUCAGUUAAAUUAACCGAGCUUUAUUGCAUUAAAAGUAGAGUAAGUCAUUUUUGGAUGAUGUCACAUCUGUUCAUAUUUGAACUCUCCCAAGCCUCUCCUCCUCCCUCAUUUCAUGGGUAUCAACACAAACCUUCCUUUUGUUUUCUUUCAACUGCUUUCACGUGAUGGGCAGUCAGCAUCCUGGGAAGAGAU